AGUGAGGAAAUACUCAAUGCUAUUGUGUGUGAUCAUCAUGCCUAAAAAGAAAACUGGACAAAGGAAGAAAGCUGAAAAACAGCGUAUGCGCCAAAAAGAAAUUCGGACAGCAUUUAAUCAAAAACCUUUAGCUGAACAUCCUUGUAAUUUUUCAAUGGUAACAAAGACAAGGAAACUCUUGGGGACUUUGAACUUGGAGGGCUUUGUGACCCCCAACAGAUUUAGGGUGCACCAGUCACCAUUUAAUACACAAGGAUUCUUCAGUCUGCUGGGUUAUGGUAAAAUCAAAUGUAUGCUGAAAACUGGAGACUGUGUUGUCAAACAUCCUGGCAUAUAUGCAACUGGUAUGGGCAUGGUGGGUGCUAUUUGUGAUUUCUGUGAAGCUUGGGUAUGCCAUGGUAAAAAAUGUCUCACAACUCAUGCAUGCAACUGUCCACUACAAGAUGCUCUUUGUGCUGAGUGUCAAAGAGGUGUCUGGGAUCAUGGUGGUCGUGUUUAUAAAUGUUCAUUUUGUGACUCAUAUCUGUGUGAAGAUGAUCAAUUUGAACAUCAAGCCAGCUGUCAAUUUUUAGAAUCCGAAACACUUAAAUGUCAAUCAUGUAAUAGGCUUGGCCAAUACUCCUGUUUACGAUGCAAGACAUGUUAUUGUGAAGAUCAUGUUAAGAGAAAAGGUUUUAAGUAUGAAAAAAAUCAGCCAAUCCCCUGUCCAAAAUGUAAUUAUGACACUCAACAAACAAAAGACCUCAGUAUGUCAAUUAGGAAACAUGAUUAUGGCAGGCAAGCUACUGGAGAGAAUGGUUAUAGUGAUGAUGAAGGUGCAUCUGGUUAUGGUGACUAUUCAGGUGGCUACAAUAAUUAUGAUGAAGAUUAUGACUAUGGUAAUUAUUCUUCUAAUGACGAUGAUGAAGAAGAUGAGGACGAUGAUGAUGAUGAAGAUGAUGAUGAAGAAGAAGAGGAAGAGAAAGAGGAAAAAGAUUCUGAUAAAAAGGAAAAAACUUAAUCAAUUUUUCUCUGUUAUGUAUUUAUAUAAUUUUCAAAAAAAAAAUCUUAAUAAAUAUUUAUUUUUAUGAAUUAGAUAUUUAUUGAUUGUGAAAAAUGGAUAAUAAAUUGCGACUUAAUUUUCUUUAUUUCCAAGCUUUUUAUUUCUAAGACUCAUUAUUUUCAGUUACUUAUCCGAAAGGAUAAUCUUAUUUAUUUUUAUUGGUUUUAAAUAAAUUCAACUAUUUUUA